AUGGCUGACGGCUACAAAAACUUGGAGAAAAAGGAUGAGUACACAAAGAGUGAUAGAGAAGCAACUGAAAAACUAGGUCUUAUGGAGAAUGAUGCAAGCAUUCGUGAUUGUUUGCAUGAAGCAUCAAACUCUAAAAUGCCAUCUUCAUUAAGAAGAUUGUUUGUCACGCUAUUGGUUUAUUGUCAACCAACUGGGGUUCGAUCUCUAUGGGAUGAAUUUUAUCAUUACAUGGCUGAAGACUACUUAUAUUCAACUUCAACAAAUCCAGAUUUGGUACGUGAUUCAGUUCUCUAUGACAUCGUUCGCAUGUUAAAACAAUUAGGAAAGAGUGUCAAUGACUUCGACUUACCUAAAAUAAACAUGCAAUUGGAUGGAAACGCACAAGUAGCUAGAGCCAUACAUGAUGAAUUAUCAGCACUAGUGCCCCCUAAAGAUGUGCAUUGUGUUGAGCAUCUUAAUGACGACCAACGUUCUUCAUUUGAUAUCAUUAUGGAAGCUAUUGAUGCAGAGAAUGGUCGAAUUUUCUUUAUAGAUGGUCCAGGUGGGACAGGUAAGCUUAGAGGGAAAUAUGGAUUACCAGUAGCCAGCUCAGGUAUUGCUGCCACACUAUUGCAUCGAGGAAAACCCGCUCAUAAAACUCUUGGUAUUCUGGUUACGCUGCAUGCUUCGUCAACUUGGAAGUUUAGUAAACAAGAUGUAGAGGCACAAUUGGUCAAGUAUGCAACUGUCAUAAUAUGGGAUGAAGCAACAAUGACUCAUCGACAUGCGUAUGAAGCAAUUGAUUGUAGUUUAAGAGAUCUAACAGGGGUUGAUGUUCCAUUUGGCGGCAAGGUCGUAGUGUUUGGUGGAGAUUUUAGACAAAUUUUACCCAUUGUACAAAAAGGAACAAAGGCUCAAACUAUAGAUGCGUGUUUGGUCAGGUCAACACUAUGGAGACAUGUUCAGCUACUUCAUCUCACUCAAAAUAUGAGAUUAAUACAUGAUCCAGAAUUUGCAGCCUUUCUUUUAAGAGUUGGAGAUGGAUGUGAGCCUACAAUUGAUGAAUACAUGAUAAAGUUACCAUCUUCAAUAUGUUUAGGAAAUGGUGAUCAAAUUUCAGUUGAUAAUCUAAUCCAUCAAAUAUUCCCAAACCUAGCUAAGCACAUAGGUGAUGUGUCAUACAUGGUGCAAAGAGCUAUUAUAACUCCAACAAAUGACAAAGUUGACAUGCUGAAUGAGAAGAUACUUAGAGAGUUUGCCGGAGAAGAAAAAACCUACUACUCAUGUGACUUUGUUCCAGAAGAUCGUCAAAAUCUCUAUCAACAGGAGUUCUUGAAUUCAUUAUCCUUCGGUGGUUUGCCACCACAUAUUCUUAAGCUGAAAGUUGGCUCGCCAAUCAUGCUUAUGAGAAAUAUUGAUACAAGUAGUGGAUUGUGUAAUGGGACAAGGUUAAUAUGUAGUCGAUUAAGGGAUCAUGUGAUUGAGGCUGAAAUUAUGACCGAAAUUCAUAAAGGGACACAAGUGUUCAUUCCACAUAUGCCUUUAAAAACAGCAGAAGAUGUGAAGUUGCCAUUUGAAAUGAUAUGA